GCAUAAACCCUUCUUCUCUACCUAAAUACGCUUCUUCCUUGCAAAAACUUGUGAUACGCUUCUUCCUUACAAAAACUUGUGAUUCUAUAUUAAUGUUUUUGCGUAAACGAAGAUUUGGGGUAGUAUCACAUACUGAUUUAAUUCCAAAGUUAAUUCCUUUAAUCCGAUCUUUUAACUCAUUUUCAUAUUCUUCGUCAACUAAUGUUGUUGAUGAAACUAGUACUAACUAUGAAUUUGAUUUCAAUCAACUGUUCAUUUCCUGCAACAAAAGUAUUCAUCUUGCCAAACGUCUCCAUGCUCUUCUUCUCGUAUCCGGUGAGGCUAAAAACAUAUAUUUCUCUACGAAACUCGUAAACCUCUACGCGUUCCUUGGUGAUAUCUGUUCCUCUAGAAUUACAUUUGAGCAAAUUCGUACGAAAAAUGUGUUUGCUUGGAAUUCAAUGAUUUCUGCUUUUGUACAUAAUGGCUGUUCUCGUGAAGCUAUUAAUUGUUAUUAUCGAUUGUUGGUAACAUCGUCGUCUAGAGUUCGCCCUGAUUUUUAUACAUUUCCUGUUGUUUUAAAAGCUUGUGGAGAUUUAGUUGAUGGAAAGAAGGUACAUUGUUGGGUUCUGAAACUUGGGUUUUGCUUAGAUUUAUUUAUAGAUGCUUCUUUGAUUCAUAUGUAUUCGAAGUUUGGGUUUGUUACUGAUGCUCGUAAAGUGUUUGACGUAAUGAGGGUACGGGAUAAAGGUACUUGGAAUGCAAUGAUAUCGGGGUUUUGUCAAAAUGGGAACGCAGUGGAAGCUUUGGGUGUAUUUGAGGAGAUGAGAAUGGAAGGAGUUCAGUUGGAUAGCACGACUGUCUCGAGCAUACUCCCUGUUUGUGCUCCACUUGGUGAGGGAUUGAAGGGGAUUUUGGUUCAUGUGUAUGCUAUUAAGCAUGGUCUUGAAUUCGAUGUGUUUGUUUCUAAUGCUUUAAUUAAUAUGUAUGCCAAGUUAGGUGAGUUGGUUUCCUCAAGGAAGGUAUUUGGUCAAAUGAUCGCAAGAGACUUAGUGUCAUGGAACUCCUUAAUAUCUGCGUAUGAGCAGAACAAUGACCCCAUUUCUGCUCUCAAGCUUUUUUCGGAGAUGAUGGAGAACAAGUUUCAGCCUGAUGUGUUUACCUUGGUAAGCCUGGCUUCUGUUGUGGCUCAGUGUGGGGAUGACCAUAAAAGCCGGUCGGUUCAUGGUUUCAUUAUGAGGCGAAGUUGGAUGUGCGAAGACAGCUUCAUUGAAAAUGCUAUUCUGGAUAUGUAUGCUAAGCUGGGCUGUAUAGAUUUGGCACGUAAGGUCUUUCAGAGGAUGGCUUUUAAAGAUGUAAUAUCUUGGAAUACUCUGAUCACUGGAUAUGCUCAAAAUGGUCUAGCUAGCGAAGCUGUCGAGGUUUUCCGUGAAAUGGAAGGGUGUAAAGCAAUUGUGCCAGAUCAAGGGACCUUGGUUAGCGUUUUACCAGCUUUCUCUCAUUUAGGAUCCUUGCAACAUGGAAUGAGAGUUCAUGGUUAUUCAAUAAAAAUUGGUCUUUGUAUGGAUAUCUUUGUGGGCACUUGUCUUAUAGAUUUGUACGUUAAGUGCGGGAGGUUGGAUGAUGCAAUGUUGUUAUUCAAACAAGUGCCCCGGAGAAGUUCUGUUCCCUGGAAUGCCAUAAUAUCUGGUCAUGGUAUCCACGGAGAUGGUGAAGUUGCUCUGAAAAUCUUUGGAGAAAUGCAAGAUGAUGGAGUUAAGCCAGAUCAUGUUACUUUUGUUUCCGUCUUGUCAGCUUGUAGCCAUGCCGGUUUGGUAGAACAAGGGCAGAGUUGCUUCCAACUGAUGCAGCAGAAAUAUGGUAUUGAGCCUAGUUUGAAGCAUUAUGGAUGCAUGGUUGACUUGCUAGGUCGAGCUGGUCAAGUGGACAUUGCCUAUGACUUUAUCAAGAAUAUGCCUAUCCGACCUGAUGCUUCUGUUUGGGGUGCUCUUCUAGGUGCUUGUAAGAUUCAUCAUAAUGAAGAAUUAGGUAAAGUAGCUUCAGCACAGUUGUUUGAAGUUGAUCCGGAGAAUAUUGGCUAUUAUGUUCUGGUGUCAAAUAUGUAUGCAAGUAGUGGGAAAUGGGAUGGAGCUGACAAAGUAAGAUCAUUGGCAAGAGAUAGGGGACUGAGAAAGACUCCUGGGUGGAGUUCAAUUGAAGUGAACAAAAAGGUUGAUGUUUUUUACUCAGGAAACCAAUCCCAUCCCCAGUGUGAGGAGAUUUACAAAGAAUUGGGAGGUUUGUUGUCUAAAAUGAAGAGCCUUGGUUAUGUGCCAGAUUACAGUUUUGUGUUGCAGGAUGUUGAGGAUGAUGAAAAGGAACAUAUAUUAACAAGUCACAGUGAAAGGUUGGCUAUUGCAUAUGGGAUUAUCAACACCCCACCAAAGACUCCUAUUCAGAUCUUUAAAAACUUGCGGGUUUGUGGGGAUUGUCACAAUGCUACUAAACUGAUAUCGAAAAUUACUGAGAGGGACAUCAUUGUGAGGGAUUCUAAUCGCUUCCAUCAUUUCAGAAAUGGGCAAUGCUCCUGUAGAGAUUACUGGUGAUGAAAGCUGAGUAUUUCCUCUUAUCUACCGCAGCUAAUUGACAGAGUGGGUGCAAAUGUUGCUCCAGUGCCUCUACGUGACUCAACAUCAAGUAUCAUCUUGGCUGGAUGGGAAGACUAAAUUAGAAUCCUGCUUGUAUCAACUGAGGCUGUCAAUUAUGCUUGUCCAAUCUCUCGAACUGAUAUAUCAAAAGAACCUCACCUUCUCAGUUCCAAUCUCCCGUAGAAGGGAUGUCUACUCUUUGCACAUCCUUGUAAGUAGUACCCCGAGGGAAGAACGGUGAUAGUUUUGAAUGUCAUUGUCAUGAAAGACCUGGCAGCAGCGUUUAUCAACUUACAAGGAUGUCUACUCUUUGCACAUCCUUGUAAGUAGUACCCCGAGGGAAGAACGGUGAUAGUUUUUAAUGCCAUUGUCAUGAAAGACCUGGCAGCAGCGUUCAUCAACUUACGUGGCAAGAUUUUGUGGCAGGCAUCAAUUUUUGCCACGCUGAAGACAAAAUUGAAGUAUCCUCGAAAACAUUUUUGCUGAUGUUAAGAUUUCAACCAACACAACCGCAACAUUAGGAAAACGCAAGCUUACAGGGCUUUUGGUUGGGGAACGUAAAAAAAACUUUGUUGCAAUGAAAUUUAAAACUGUCCAUUUGGUGGAACCAUGAAGGCAUCCCUGAAACUAUAUGGGCUGGGACUCAAUCAGAUCAAGAUUCAGGAAGCUAGUAAUCUGUGGUGAUUGGUCCAGGAUUCACAGAAGCUAAUGUCUGUAGCAAUUCUUGUCCAUUUGUGGGAAUCACUCAACCUCUAGUUUGUUAGGAUAACGACUCCACUCACGUGAGACCACCACCACCAAGCACAAUACUACAGGGUGAAUAUGGGGCAUACAAUGCUUAUAUCACUGCAGCAACUGGAUGCGCUGCAGGGGAUGCUCCUACAAUGUAUGAUCAUCCAAGCUUAGGAUGCACAAGAAGGGUUGGUGAACCAGCUGUGUGAGGAGUGUGCAAAAAGAUUUUGGUUUGACAGGCUUCCACAGGAGCAAGCGUGGAAGAUCUUCGCAAGUAUUUUGACAGAUCCUGUUGUAUUUUAGAUGUGUGGGGGAGUUGUGGUGGUGUAGCUGGUGCCAGUGGUGGUGGUGGUGCUAGCAGGGGCAGACCUUCGAGAAUGGAUGCGAGGUCUAUAGCACAUAAUAAGACAUGGGUCAUUGGGUCUCUGAUAAAGAAGAAGACGUAACAUUUCGGAGUCAAGUCUGUCGAAGUUGUUGAGAACUUAUUUAUGUGAAUGAAUUAUAUCCAUUCAAGCUAAAAAGGAAGACUUUGUGAACUAUGGUUACUUCGUACUUGUAAUAAAUUACUUCCAAGCACAAUUUAAUGAGA